AUGUUAUGUAAGAUUUUAAAUUCACAAUCUUCCAGUUCAAGCCGGCGUCUAAUUGCUAUAGACUAGAAUAAAUCAUACAAAUAACCAUCGCUGAAAAAAUUCUAAUCAUUGCUGAAAUUAUAAUUUGAAUAUUCCGGAACAAGUACAAGUUUAUUAAGAAAAUUGUGGCAUCGAACUCACCAAAAUGCAGAGAUUUCGUAAGAUCUUCAAAAAUUCUAACGGAUGCUCAGCAAUAGGGAUGAUUCAUGUGGGUGGAUUGCCAGGGACUCCAAAGUACGGGGGAAGCUUUAAAAAAAUUAUCAAAGACGCUCUUGAAGACGCAGCUGUUUAUGCUAACUGCAAAGUGGAUGCGAUCUUGGUGGAAAACAUGCACGACAUCCCCUACGUACAAUCCAAAUACUUACUUCCGGAGACGACCGCGUUGAUGACCAGAAUUUGUUGGGAAAUACGAAAAAUUAUACCGACACAGACACCGUGUGGUGUUCAGAUUCUCGCUGGAGCGAAUAAGGAGGCAAUCGCUGUAGCACAGGCAGCCGAUUUCCAGUUUAUUAGAGCUGAAGGUUUCGUCUUCUCUCAUAUUGCUGAUGAAGGAUUUACAGACGCUAAUGCUGGAACUUUAUUGAGAUACAGGAAACAAAUAGAUGCUGAAAAUAUUCUUGUGUUUACCGACAUAAAGAAGAAGCAUAGCGCACAUGCUAUUACAUCAGACGUCAGUAUAUCCGAAACUGCAAAAGCCGCAGAAUUUUUUUUAACGGAUGGAGUUAUAAUAACCGGAAAUGCUACCGGAGAUCCAGCAGAUGCCAGCCAGUUAAGAGAGCUAAAACAGACAGCCAAGGGACCAGUACUUGUUGGUUCAGGUGUUACAGCUGAAAAUCUAGAAUCGUAUAUUGCUGCAGACGCAGUGAUCGUUGGAACACAUUUCAAAAUUGAUGGAAGUUGGGAAAAUUCUGUAGAUUCUAAAAAAGUUCAACAUUUCAUGAACAGACUUCGGGAACUGCAAUAGCCUCUGCGCUUAAUUAUCAGUUCUUUCCAUAUAUCAACUGAGCAUACUUUUUUAAUUAGAGUAAAUGAAAUAAAAUUCGCUGGAUAUCAUCUCUGCACUCCAUCAGAUUCAUUUUUCUGAGAGCAAUAUACAUUGGAUAACUUCUAAAUAAAAUUAUUCAAAUUCUUCUCUGUU